GGCGGGAACAGUAAAUAGAUAAGCCAGUGCCCAGCGCUCGUGGAUGCUCAGCGCAACAAGUUUGCUUGUUAGUCAGCCGACAUUUCAUCUACUCGGUGCUCCUGCCUUUGUGUUGACAGCGCGACAACUCUGACAACCGUUUCCCCCCUUCCAGUCUUGUCUACCAUUUUCACUUUACCCACGGACUUCUUCCUUUAGAAUACGAUUAUGUGGACAUUCGACCCUAAUUUCUCUCCUCUGAGUCCGCCGCGGAAAUGACAUACUCGACAGCAUAUCUACCCAGUUUCCACGGCUGAAGAUGAUGGAACACCAGGAGCAGAGUGAUGACAUCAGUGUCCUGAGCCCGCUGGAGUUGCUGGCAGAGGCCGCCAAGGAGGAUGAUGGACACUGCCAACCACAGUUCAGGCUGCAACUGAUUGAUGACCUGACCUAUGAAGAUGUCAAGAAAUGCUACAGGGGCUCGACCGUCAGCAAGUACAAUUCCCAGUACCACAAGCUGUUCCAGACCGUGCCCAAGGAGGAGAUCCUCAUGAAAGUGUAUUCCUGCGCUCUUCUCCGAGACAUCCUACUUCAGGGCCGCCUCUACAUCUCCCGCAACUGGCUGUGUUUCUAUGCCAACCUCUUUGGGAAGGACAUCAAGGUGGCCAUUCCAGUGGUGUCAGUACGGCUGGUGAAGAAACACAGGACAGCAGGCCUAGUACCUAACGGGUUGGCCAUCACUGUGGACACCAGCCAGAAGUAUGUGUUUGUGUCCUUGCUGUCCCGAGACAGUGUCUACGAUGUCCUCAGGAGGAUCUGUACACACCUUCAGGUGAAUGGGAAGAAAAGCCUUAGCCUGAAGCAGUACUUGGAGGAGCCUAGCUCACUAUCUAUGGAUGAGUUCCCUGUGGUCAAUGACUUCCCUCCAGUGUUGAAGUGGAGGAGAAAGCCGUCCAUUCCGUCCGUGUCCUCCUCUCUCCCAGACCUCCUGGGGAACUCCACCAGCAGCCUGAGUGCAGUGGACACCCCCUACCUACCCACUGAGGUUCCACUGACAUUGAAGAGUAAGAUCAAAGAGCGGAGUCUGGAGACAGAGAAGAUCCUCCUGACAGAGCCAGUGCCAGAGCUGGGCCACAUGGAGUACCAGCUGCUCAAGUUCUUCAUCCUUCUUAUCAUUCUGCUCAUCAUGUCCUCCUGCUACCUGGCCUUCCGUGUGUGUAGUCUGGAGCAGCAGCUGUCCUUCCUCAAUACACACCCGACAGUGCACAUGAGAGAGAGGUAACACUUGCUGUAUGCUGCGUCCCCAUUGGACAGAUGUCCUGUCAGUCACGGAGGUUCUCCUGAUGAUUGGGCAAACAGAGACUCGGUUUAUUUACCUGUACCACCAUGUAAGUGUGGAGGAGUGCCCUGCUGGUUCAAUGAGAAGAAAAUGACUUGAGAAAAGCCAAGACCUGAAGCAAAAACUGCACUUAAACAGACAGCCUAGUAGGUGGUGCCAGUGAGUCAAUAAUCCUCUUGUCAUUCCCUAGAAAGACUAUGGACCCCUCGGACAAGAGACUAGGAUGGAAUGAGGAGAAUGGAGGAGGAUUGGAAGUAGAGGACUACAGAGUAGAUGUCAAUAGGGCCGUGCCAACCAAGUUCACCUGAUUUUGACCUUUGACCUCAAUGUCCUUAUUUUACUGCCAAGGAAUUACAAUUCCACUCGACUGAUCAGACACUUUCGCAUUCAGGAUUUCAGAGACUAGAGUCUUUUUUUUCCAGAGACUUUUUCAACAGGAACACUUUUUGUGUACACUUUUGUGGAGAGUUGCUGCCAGAGAGACUGAAGACAAGGCAUUCCAUUCUGAUCAGGAACUCAACCUGACCUGGUCAAACAGUUCCCACCGCAGCCCGCCCGGCAAUGUUUACUGAGCACGGUCACUAAGGCACGAACUCUCCUGUACCCUAAUGAAGAAACUAUUUCAAUAGACAUUAUUAGAACUUUAUCUGUCUGUCAGAAUUGUGAGAUGAUAUGCUAGAGUUACGGCUGAAUUAUAGCGGUCUUGCCAUGCAAACUGAAAACACGGUACCGUGUGUGUCAGGUGAGGUCGACAAGUCAUGAGGUGAAAGGUGCGCGUGUGUGUGUCAGUGUGGGUGCGUGUUUAUGUGUGUAUGAGUGUUUUCAACAUUAUGUGUGCAACUUAACAAGUGGCUAGGACUAUCUCAAGGUAGCGUGCAGCUUCUCCACCUGACAAACGAUGCCUGCAUGUAAUGUAAUACUAGAUAUUGACUGAAUUGUAAAGUCAUCGUCUGUGACACUGUUGCAUGGAUGUUAUCGAUGGAGUGGGACUAACGCAGAGUAAAGCAGUGAAGGUAUUGUGAGAGACGCAGGUUGACAGUGAAUGUCGUUGCUGUUCACUUGUUCUUUAAUGUUCCAUGUGGAGGUGUGUACUAUAGAGAUUGUACAGUACUUGAAACCUAAUCAUGCAUUUCAUAGGAGAUUAUGUAUUUAUGUAAUCCACGGUGUGGAAAAAUAUGGCCUCCACUUCAGCUACUAGGUGCACCUUUAAAGCGUAUCCGAGGCUGGGCAGAGAGAAUUGUGUAGACUAGAGUGUAUUUACUACUAGAGCCUGUAUGUAUUUAUUUGUGUGCAAUUUUUGUACUGAGUCAGAAAGGCAUGUUGUUUUUAGUGAGUCGGUGUGGGUGUUUGUUCACUGACGUAUUUCUGACAUGGGUCGUGUUCAUUUUGCACAAAAUGGGGGGGGGGACUGAUUUGAAAUGAACUACUUGGAUUUGUCCAAUCGUGCCCUAAUGAACACGACCCUGUCUUGCAGUAGGGCUGGAGUCACAGCAGUGCCAUGCGUAAUUGUGAGACAGCAGUGACUAAUAAACAGCCUUCCUUGCCUGUG